AUGGCUAGAACAAAAAGGACCCGACGAACAACUCAAUCUUCUCAAUUGGCAGCUUCUGCCACUCCUUUGAAUCAACCAUCCACAACUCCUUCGACCCAACCAUCCACAACUACUUUCACAACUUCUUUGACUCAACCAUCCACUAUACCUUCGACCCAACUAUCUAUUACUUUACUACAAACCAGACAAUCCACCACUUUGACCACCACUUCGACCAGACAAACCACACCUUUGACCAGACAAACCACCACUUCGACCAGACAAACCACCACUUCGGCCAGACAAACCACCACUUUGGUCAGACAAACUACCACUUCGACCACCCCUUCAACCCAACCAUCUAUUACUUCGACAACCCCUUCGACCCAACCAUCCAUUACUUCGACAACCCCUUUGACCCAACCAUCCACUACUCCAAUCCAGCCUACAGUAGUUAUUUCUCCACAAAGAACCACCUCUCCUCAUUCGCCUUGUUCACCUCGUUCACCACUAAGAACUAUAAGAAGCAGAAGCUGA